AUGACGGCUCUGGUUGUCUACGGAAACCCAAGAAAGUCACAACUUUUAGCCCCGCAUUUUCGGGGUAAAUUUAGGAUUCAGACUUUCAGAUAUGUACAGUCGGACAUACAGUUGUUUAGGAAAGUCUGUGAAACAACUGCCAAUGCUGUGACUUUCCUAAACAACUCUACAACUAAGAAAGUGUCCGCGAGCUUCUGGGAUACCUUCGACUGGAGAUGGGUCUCUCCGGAGCAAAGAGAAAAUCAAGAGUACCGACACAUCGGACAGCAUGAUUUUACCGACCUGACCGUUGAAGAUCGCGAAUUGGUACUUUUUCCUCAUGGCAAUGGUGAGCCAAUACAUUUUGCUACACUGUCGGCUAUCGCGAAAGAAGUGUUUGAAAAGCCCAGGACAGACAAACCCAGCUAUGUGGGACCGUCUGGAUUUGCGAACAUAACCGAACAGGAUCGAGAAUAUCUCUUCAAGAAGUUCAAGGGCAUUCUCAUGGAUACAAUUCUUCCUGACCUAGAGCCUAGAUCAAAGCACUCUGACGAAUCUAAUCUGGCUUCGAGUUCUAAUGGUAAUUGA